UUCCUUGUCCCAGUUUUAGCAGAAUCUAACCAGUGUUCUGGAAGAAAAUGUCCUGCCCAGAUGCAGCCUCCUUAGAAUUGCAGGAUGCCGCUCGGAACAGCGCCUGCGGAGAGCUUUGUGGCUUGUUGGAUCAGGCAGAGCCUUUGGGGGUGUUGUUGGGACCCUGCCCGGCGGCGGGCGAGGGGAGGUAGUGAAGACCGGAGGCCCAGCCGCGAAGAGCCCCCUCGCUGCCCUGCAGGCCUUAAAACCCAGAAGACUCGGUGCAGUUCUCUUGUUCUGCUAGUGGGGUUUUUGGUUUUUUUUUUUUUUUUAAGACAAAAAAAUAAUCUGAUACAGGGAUAAACCGGCACCAUGGAUUGGGGGACACUGCACACUGUCAUCGGGGGUGUGAACAAACACUCCACCAGCAUCGGGAAGGUGUGGAUCACCGUCAUCUUCAUCUUCCGAGUCAUGAUCCUCGUGGUGGCCGCCCACGAAGUGUGGGGCGACGAGCAAGAGGACUUCGUCUGCAACACUCUGCAACCCGGCUGCAAGAAUGUGUGCUAUGACCACUUCUUCCCGGUGUCGCACAUCCGGCUGUGGGCCCUGCAGCUCAUCUUCGUGUCCACCCCAGCACUGCUGGUGGCCAUGCACGUGGCCUACUACAGACAUGAAACCACACGCAAGUUCCAGCGCGGGGAGAAGAAGAACGAAUUCCGAGACUUGGAGGACAUUAAAAGGCAGAAGGUGCACAUCGAGGGCGCUCUGUGGUGGACCUACACCAGCAGCAUCUUCUUCCGAAUCGUCUUCGAAGCCGCCUUCAUGUAUGUGUUCUACUUCCUCUACAAUGGGUACCACUUGCCCUGGGUGCUGAAGUGUGGCAUUGAGCCCUGCCCCAAUCUUGUCGACUGCUUCAUUUCCAGGCCCACCGAAAAAACCGUGUUUACCAUUUUUAUGAUUUCUGCGUCUGUGAUUUGCAUGCUGCUCAAUGUGGCCGAGUUGUGUUACCUGCUGCUGAAAGUAUGUUUCAGGAGGUCCCGGAGAGCCCAGCCUCAAAGAAAUCACCCCAACCACGCCCUAAAGGAGAGUAAACAAAAUGAAAUGAAUGAGUUGAUUUCAGAUAGUGGUCAGAAUGCAAUCACAGGUUUUCCAAGUUAGGCAUUUCAGGGUGACUCCUGAGAAAGCGUUUGUGUUCCCUGGGGGCAGAGAUAACCUGAAAAUUCCUUUUGUGGGCUGGACAGUUUAUCUUUAUAAGUGACUUUCACAAUAGGUAGAUAGCUGAGCUCACUCUGUAGCAUACACGUGCCAUUCCUGUGCAGCAUAGGCAAACACAUGGUCCAUCCCUGAAAACAAAGCACCUGGUGAUGACUAAGCCCCAAGCCACUUAGCAAGUUCCCUCUGCAUGGCCUGUCUGACCUAGUGGGUAUGUCUUCAAAUUUUAUAUAACCUGUUGUUGAUAAAGAGCAGUUAUCUAAAAAUUGAUACUUUUAUUAGUAAAAUAUAUUUUUAUAGGGUUGAAUAUCUUAGUUGUGACUUUGGAUUUAUGUAUUUUUAUAAUGACCUGCCUUCCUUACCUAGGAAAAUAUUCAAUAUUAGUUUUAGAAGUAUACCACAAGCAUCUAAAUUUUGAACUUUCAAAGGGUCUGUCUUGUCAAUAUUGCUUUGCAUUGUCUCUUGACAAACCGCUGAAGGGUCACGAUACUGUUACAGUGGAAAGUGUUUGUUAUGCAAUAUAUUUUUACGUCUUCUGGAGGGAGAUAGUGCUGUGCGGAAGUGGGACACGAUUAUACACGAGCCUGUUUGUCAGUCAUUGUGAACAGAGGUGUGGGUGUGGCCACCCCAAUAAAGCUGGGCCCUUGCUUA